CGCUUCCCUGUCAGAGGGUAUGUUGAAUCACAUGACAGUUUACCCUCGCGUGUGUGGUAGUGUAACGCUUGUUGACAUUGUCAAUUUUUGAGAGACCGAAGAAGCCGAACCUGCAGCGAGUCCAGCGGGCGCCUCUCUUACAUGCCAAGGCCUUGGCAGUAAACGGGUAUUCGCUAUCACGUCGCCAUGCUGUGCAGAGGACUUCCUCGUCAACUUUCUUGCGCCCGAGUGCUUCUGUGCCGACAGUCAACCUCAACCGACGGCGUGAUCGCAACAGGAGCAGAUAAAAGUCAAAUCGUGAAUGAAAAUGAACUACGCCCAUUAUAUAUGGACUUUCAAGCCACCACACCUAUGGACCCAAGAGUAUUGGAUGCUAUGUUGCCAUAUGAGGUGAAUUAUUAUGGAAACCCUCAUUCUAGGACACAUGCUUAUGGAUGGGAGAGUGAGAAAGCUGUAGAAAAAGCAAGAGGGCAAGUUGCUGACCUUAUAGGAGCUGAUCCAAGAGAAGUUAUCUUUACAAGUGGAGCAACAGAAUCAAACAACAUCUCAAUUAAGGGUAUUGCAAGGUUUUACAAGUCCAAGAAGAAACAUGUGAUUACGACACAGACAGAACAUAAAUGUGUGCUAGAUUCUUGCAGAGCCCUGGAAGCAGAGGGCUUUGAAGUCACAUAUCUGCCAGUUCAUAAGAAUGGGCUGAUAGAUUUAAAAGUCUUGGAGGAUGCCUUCCGCCCUGACACAAGCCUUGUGUCUGUUAUGACAGUGAAUAAUGAGAUUGGUGUGAAACAGCCAGUGAAAGACAUAGGCCAUAUUUGCAAGUCGAGGAAUGUUUUUUUUCACACUGAUGCUGCUCAGGCAGUUGGAAAAAUACAUCUGGAUGUUAAUGACCUCAAGAUAGAUUUAAUGUCAAUCAGUGGGCAUAAAAUCUAUGGCCCCAAAGGAGUUGGUGCUGUGUUUGUGCGUCGAAGGCCUCGCGUACGGGUGGAGCCUCUACAGAGUGGUGGUGGACAAGAGAGAGGUCUGCGGUCGGGAACUGUACCCACUGCUUUAGUUGUGGGGCUUGGAGCUGCUUGUGAGAUAGCUAAACAGGAAAUGGAGAGUGAUCAUAAAAGAAUUAAGAUGUUAUCCGAGCGCCUGGUCCAGAAAAUCAUGUCUGAAAUCCCAGAUGUUGUAAUGAAUGGGGAUCCAGAGCAGCGAUAUUCAGGUUGUAUCAAUCUGUCAUUUGCCUAUGUUGAAGGAGAAAGCCUACUGAUGGCUCUGAAGGAUGUAGCCCUUUCUUCCGGCAGUGCCUGUACAUCUGCAUCCCUGGAGCCAUCUUAUGUAUUACGAGCAAUUGGCGCAGAUGAGGAUCUGGCACACUCAUCAAUAAGGUUUGGCAUUGGUCGCUUCACUACUGAGGAGGAGGUGGACUACACAGUAAAGAAAUGUGUGCAGCAUGUCAGGAGGUUGAGAGAAAUGAGUCCUUUAUGGGAAAUGGUCCAAGAGGGAAUUGAUUUGAAGAGCAUUAAGUGGACUCAGCACUGAAAAGAAAGAAAUGUAUUCAACUUAGAAGAUAUACUUCACUGCUAAAUUUCUGAAAUACCACCUCCUUUGCUAUAGGCAUCUAUGUUGUUGGGCUCAUUUCAGUCCUGCACACACACAUCUAUUGCUUGAGUGGGAGUUAGUUCUCGUUUGGCUUGUGGGACUGUUGUCUUUUACUAAUAUUUGAGACGUAUAGUUUGACAACUGAACUUUUACAGUCCAAGGUUUCAUGCACUACCCUGUUAUGUCAAAGGUUUUAAAAAGAAAGUCAGAAAUUGUACAUGUAACUGAUAAUAUGAAUUUGGACCAGUUUUUAGGAAAUGUUCUCAUACUUGUAGAUGUUAUUGAAGAAAUAAUACAAAUACAUAUUUUUCGUUGUAUGCCAUACUUCAUAAAGGGUGUGGACUGUGUUUGCUUUAUUCUUUAGAGCUGUGGGAGUCAUUCAUACAGUAUAUUGCUUCUCAUUUAUCUUAAACAUAUGCAAUAAUGUUUGUGUGGCCUUCUGUUAUAAAAUGUGUAUCUGACCAUUAGUAUCUGUAAAUUUGUUCUUUUAUAAUGACCGAAUAAAUGUGAUGCUUGCUU